AUGCGCACUGUGCAGGUGAUUGAUAACGAGAUUUCACUGUUGUGUGGCAGACACGAAGACGCAGUAACCCAGACUUUCAGUGACAAAGCAGACAGUGUAUCUGAAACAGGUACCAGUGGAGGUGUUGCCAUGGGAAGCGGCCAAUCCCAGGAAGAGGUCCUGUUGGAUGAUGAGGGAGAACAACAGCCUCCGGAGAGGGUUCCCAGUGCCUCUCAAGCAAACAGGGUAGCCUCAAGGUCAAGUCUACAAGGCGGCCAGAUACACAGAGGUGAUUCACAAGAUGUGCCAGUAACAGUGACAGAUAAAGGAUUCUCCAUACCUGAGAUCACCAUCAUAGAAGGACAGUUUGUGUCUUUCAUGUGGGAGGACUCGAAAUCAAAGUUGAACAUUGUACAGGUUGUCCAUGAUGGUGAAAGACUAAGGCCUGUAAUUGGUGGAUAUGAGGCAAAGGCCGCAGAGGUUAAAGGUCACUAUGACCAGCAGUUCAACUCGGAGGGAGAGUACAAAUUUGCUAUUAAUGGUAUUCGAUGUACUCCACUGAGCGUGACAGUGAAAAGGAAAGUUGAUUUACUGAUAGAAAUCACAGAUGAGGGAUUCCAACAAUCUGUUGUAUAUGUGGACCAAGGUCACUCAGUCAAGUGGCACUGGACUGAUUGUAAAACACCGCACGCCGUCCAGAAGGUGGAAUACUCCAUAGAGAAGAAGUGCUUUAUAAGGAACACCGAGACCUCAAAAGCACCAGUAACAAGUGAUUCAUACAGAGAAACUUUCCCGAAACCAGGGCUGUUCUUUUUCAAGACUGAGAGCAACAAAAGCAGCAAUGCAUUAUGUGUGGUACAUGUAAGAGAAGCACAGAGAGAGUUCCGUGUAGAGAUCCUUGACCGAUCAUUCCAGCCCAUGAUCCUCUUGGUGGAGGAGGGAGACCGUGUGUGGUGGUCCUGGGAUAAAUUUAAGUGCAAGAAGUCGCACAGUGUGUACCAAAUAGAAGCACCUCCUAUUGACCAGGAUGAUGAAGAACCUUACCAGCCAGUAGAAGAUGGUUUUAGGUGGGCAACACCAAGUAAACAAGGAUUGAUGUCCCAUGAGUUCUAUAAGCCCGGAGUGUAUUACUUUUCUGAUCAGAAUCAGCAGGAAGCUGCGGAGUAUAUAGGAACUAUUAUUGUCAAGCCUAAGCAACAGGAACACUAUAUAGAACUGACUACACUGAAGGGAUUCGAACAAGAUGUGGUGAAGGCCCAAUCUGGGGACAGACUCUGGUUCCACUGGGACAAAGAUCAGGCUUCAAAGAAUAACUUUAAAUUUGUCAUAAACCAGGUCGGCAAAUGUCUCAGCCCACUUGCCAAGCCGACAUCGGCUCUCGACGAAACUACACAAAUGGAGGACCCAUUGGACUCCGAUGCCAUGGCUCUGUGUGCUCGGGUCGGUCUAGCGACAGCGGUGGUGCCCUCUACUGGUGUGUACCACUUCCGACUGUACGCUACAGAGGACACAAAGGACAUCAACACAAAGGAAAUGAACACCUGUUCUGUGAUUGUCAAUCCUGGACCUAAGAAUCACACCAUCCACCUGACAGACAGUGGGUUUGAGCCCAAGGUAAUUACAGUUCGACCCACUGACCGUGUGUGGUGGGUGUGGCAAGGAGGAAAGAAACCCCACAAUAUCAUACAGGUGUCACACCAAGGCAGCCAUAUAGAGGAUGGGUUUUGUAGUGGUAUGUUCCGUGACCCUCCUUCUGCCUAUGUCCAUCAGUUUUCUGAGGCUGGCGUCUUCUACUUCAUCAGCUCCAGUAUUUCCAAGGUGUUUGGUGCCAUUGUUGUGUCAACACAACCCAUGGUCCACGAGGUCAAAGUUGGCAUGGCAGUCAACCCUGACCCCUUAACGAUCAAACAGAACGAUAUUGUAGCAUGGACUUUCCGCAGCACACGUCAAUAUGACAUUAUGGAGGUUCAGAGCAUGGAUCAGAUCACAAAUGACCUUGGGGAAGAAUUGAAGGUCCCGAAACGGAGAUGUUUGAGCCGUGCCAUCAAACAACCAGGAGUAACACAAUUCUACAGCAAGUCUUUCUUCCAGAGCACCGGUGAUAAAGAAAAAAUGGAAGCCCCUAAAAUCAGCAGUGUGAUUUGUGAUGAGCGUUAUGACAACAUGGUGAUCCGUGUAACAAGUGGUGGAUUUAGUCCAACGUUUUGUUACAUACUCAAGGGCCAGAGUGUACUGUGGACCUGGAAGGGUACAGACGAGGAACACAACAUCGUUCAUGUGGGCUCUGAUGAAACCAGGGAUGACCCCCUAAACCCAAUAAAAGGCCCCAAGUCAUUUAACAGUGGUCAGAAGGUCAAGAAUAACAGUUUCUUGUACACAUUUGAUGAACCUGGGUCAUACAGUGUUGUGUCUCGUGGAGCUGAUGGCUUUGCUUGCACCGUCUACGUCCUCCGAUCAGGCCCUAAGGUAAAAGAACCGACUAUUGAGACAUCCAAUGGGGGAGCCUUGAAACAGUAUGACAAGGUUCAACUCUCCUGCUCCACUCCCGGGUCUAAGAUCUUCUUCACCACUGACGGAACUCCUCCACUUCUCCACCUGGAGUCUGCAAAGCUGUACAGGCAAGACAAAGGAGUCUUGAUGAAACAACCUGGUAUCAAGUUUGUCCGCGCCAUUGCGGUAUUGGAGCGCUCACUCAACAGCAGCAUCUUUACCUCCAAGAGGUUUCUGGUAUCUGAUGAUGAGGCUGCUGACCGCCAGUCCUUGUCAUCUGCAGCCUCCGUAGCUGAAUCAAGACCAGUACCAAGUAAGGAAGGUGCUUGGGAGUGGUGGGACUGUGUUCCACACAUUAAAGCAUGUUUCACCGAGCCAGGUGUGAUGGAGGUGUUCUGGAACCCACCCCCAGAUGGACAGCUCUCUCUUAUCAAAGGCUGUGAGCUUUUCCUGAAUGGAGUGACCUACUGUGAUAUGUUUCCACCACACAACACCAGCAUCAAUGUUAGGGGUAUGGCAGGAGGUCGUAUGUAUGAGGUCAAAGUUGAAGCCUACUCCACCAACAACCAGUAUAAACCACUUACAUCCAAUGUCCUGGUAAUGAAAUGUCCCAAACGGACUCCUGAUGGUGGGCCAGUUAUCUCCCUUGAGCGCACGGAGCGUCCUGAUGCCCUAGCAGUGGUAUGGAUGGCCAUUGACACACCAGACUACCCUAUAUCUGGUUAUCUCAUCUUCCUGGACGGCGUCCAGUGUGGCAGUAGGCUGGUGCCGAGUCCAGACAGUGACAGAUGUAAAGUUGUGAUCGGCGGCUGUACCUUGCGACAGCUCCACAAAGUGUAUGUGAAAGCCCUCCCUCAAGGAGCUACCAAUGUUGACAUAGAACAUGCCAAGACCUCCAACCUUCUAGAAGUUACUCUGCCUCUGGACUUUGAACAAGUGGAGCUUCCCCCUGAGGAAGAACGCAUGGAUGAGGCAGAAUUUUACAAGGAGUACAUCGAAAUACAAGAAGGAGCUGGCCAGCUCCCCAGUAUGGAUGAUCACAAACAGGAUAGGAGUCCAGAAAAUUUGGAAUUAGAGAGUGCAAGAUACAAAGACCAAAGUGUAGGAACAGAGACACCUCAGAGGUCGCCACGCCAACCAAGGAAGUAUGAUUACAACGAGGAUGGCAUCGAGUACCAGAAGUACCGCAAAGGUAUACCACACCGAUCUGUUUCGGAGAGCAAUGAAAGUGAGGAUGGAACCACCGACCAGGACACUGACGAUGAAGACUCGAGCUCCGACAGUGGAGACAGCCAGUCCAGAGCCUCUAUCCCAAGUCAGAGCAAUCAUCUCAGUUUCGAUGCUUCCAAGUCUUUUACUGACAAUGAUAAGUCAAUAAAACGCACAAAGGAGUCCCGCACUAGCUCUCGUAUGAGUAACUCAAUGACGCCAAAGGAAGUUAUGGUGGAACGAGGUGAGCACCAGACAUCUAGAGUCCCGACAACAGUUAUAGAGCCUCAUCCUACCAUGGCUGCCAUGGAAAUUGGAAAAAGGAAAAAUAAAACAGCCAUUAUACAAGUGCAGCAGUCAGUGCAGCUAGAUGAAGCCCGACUGGAUGACAUGGACGUGACGGAGAGAAGGGUGGCUGUUGCUGCAGACAGGAUGGAACUGCUGAGGACAGUGGAUGAUGGAGUGCUUAUCAAAAAAGCCCAUGAACAAAACACCCUUCCUCCCCCUGCCAUUAAAGUCAGUUCCAAGAGUAAGACAGGUGUGAAGGUGGAAUGGCUGCUCCAGGAUGAAGUACUACCAGAUUAUACCCUCCUGUUGUAUGUAGUGAACAUCGUCGGUCAGAAGUUUGGACCAGAGUUCAGGAAGAGUGACCACAGUUUUGACUGUAAUAUCGUGGAGGGAGAUAAACAGAUUCGAGCUCAGCAGCAUUGUUGGAAUGUCCAGGACUCGCAGGAGAAAUCCAUAUUUGGUCUGAUGCCAGGCAUGACCUACAGAAUCUUUGUGAUCGCCAACUACAACACCUUAAAGGGAAACCAGCCAUACGAGGUCCAGACCACAUCCUCUGUAAUAUACUACACUACUAUGGGUCCCCCUACUGCCCCUCGUCUGAGGGUCUGUACUGUUGAUCUGUAUGAGGCUACAGUGGAGUGGGAUGAACCAGCCAUGCACAAGGAGAUGUCACUGAAGGGAUACAGACUCAUGGUCGACAACAAGCCAUUUAGACUUACUCCCCCUGAGAAGAGGAGCGUUGUCAUUAACAAACUUGAACCAGGGAAGACAAUAUGUGUACAGGUUAAAGCUGUUGCCAAGCAAGGUAACGGUAUAGAGAGUGAAGCUUCUCGUCCAAUCUAUAUCUCGUGUCCGAGAGCACCUGCUCCAGCCGCUAUAUCACAGGAGACAUCAAUGAAGACAGGAUGUGUCCUGAUUAGCUGGAAGAAACCGGAGAGCCAUGUACACACCCCACAGGGAGAGUCCAUCUGCUACUACCAAAUAUAUCAGAAUGGUCAGAAGAGGGACAUUGUAAAACCUAACAACAAGAGUAACCAUCAGGGUUACCAUCACUAUCUGUAUGACCUACCAGCUGACCAGGCUGUGGACGUAGGGGUCAAGUGUAUUGCCGGGAGUAUGAAUGUUGACCCAUUCCAGGACCAGGUGUUCUGCCGCAGUGAGAGUCGUACGUCCAAUACACUGCGUGUCAUAGCUCCUAGAGUACCUCAUUCCCCUAACCUCUACCUCGAAUCUAUGACCACCAAGGGCAUAGAGGUCACAUGGAGGACCCCUCAGCAGCUAGGCGAUGUCAAGCUCUCUGGUUACCGUAUGAUGAAGAAUGGACACUUGUACGGAGGUCUAAUCCCUCCCUACAUCAACAACUGGACAAUCAGUGACAUCACUCUAGGCGAGUCUGUUACUCUACAACUCAUUGCCCUGACGGAGCAUCCCAUAGGAAAAAUUGAGGCAGAGAUCGCAAACCGCCAGAAAGCCGAACAGGACAAGUCCGGGAAAAUGGAUGAUGCAGAAUUUUCAUUGAGUCGCAGUGCUCUGAUAAAAUACUCCAAAGAUAUGCCCACCACGGGCUGGCCUAAGAUGCCAAAGUCUGCCCGAGACCCCUUUGAGGAGCACAUGGGUGACAGAUAUGCAGGUUGUCGUCCAGGACGUAAACUAAAGAUAGUAUAUUCGGGCCUGGUCCAGCCUCCCUCUCAUGUGAGAAUUCACCAGGUGACAGGCCAUUCUGCUCUGAUUGGCUGGACUAUAGACGAUACAAGAUUCCAUUUUGUGCGCCCAGAAAGUUUCCGAGUCCGAUGGUGGCCCGGAGAGGAACCUGUUGACAACAUUGUUUCUGAUGAAACUACAGAAAACCGGCUACUGAUCUCUGGACUGCGGUCAGACACCACCUACACUGUUGUGGUGGAUGCGGUCAAGACAGAGAUCAUGAAGAAUGAGGCAACCGAAGAAGACCAAGCGGAUGUUCCGGAGGAGGAGACUAAAAACACCUUCACCUUGACUGCGACAUCUGAUUACCUGACCUUGAAGACAGCUAAACCACCCAGUAAACCAUCUCACUUAGGUGUCAGUGCUAACACCUGUAACAGUCUGAGAGUAGCCUGGAACCCACCCAGAGAACAUGGUGCCAGUGUUAUCGGUGUUCGUAUUGAUGCUGUCUCCAUGGCCAAGAAUGAGCCUCACCAUAUUAGCUAUGAUGCUCUGCCCGAUGCUGUUUCUAUAGAUAUUGAAGGCCUCAAAGAAAAAACAGAAUACCUUAUACGUGUUACCGCUGUAACAGAUGAAUACUUUGACCGUCUUCCUGAAAAACACAAGUUCAAAAAGGCAAAGGUUUUGCCACGCGAUGUUAUGGUGCCACCCAUGGAAUCACCAUGGUUACCUAGCAACUACAUUAUAGAGAGGACGGCUGGCACAGAACCUCCAGCAAAUCUCAAGGUCACCAAAGCUACAACGACCUCCAUGACAUUGUCAUGGAUAUCUCCCAUAGUUUACGGCUCAAACCAACUCAAAAACAUUAUCGUGAGAUGGACAGAUGUGAAAAAUGCUAAGAAGGGUGUCGAUGAGGUCCAAAUGUCCAGUUAUAAGACUUUGGAUCCAAGAGACACCCAAACCAACAUUAUUGAUCUUGUACCAGGCACUCAGUACAAGGUUGUAGUGGAGGCUGUGGUAAGUGUAAAGACAUCUCUGGUGGAUACCAACGACAAGGACACUGAAAAAUACCGUCGGAUAGCCCAUGUGAUGUCCAAGGCCCUGUACUGUAGGUCACGUGCCCCUACUGAAGCUCCCUCUCUUUAUAUCACUGAGUUUACGCAGGACACAGCCCAGCUUUACUGGGAGAAGCCACGCCUUGUGUCGGCCAUUGGUCGUGAGGAGGACGGCAAGCCGAAGUACAUUCGACGUUACUUGGAAGGGUACAAGCUGGAGAUCAAUGGAGCAACUCACUGUUGUCUUGGUCCCACCAGACAGAGCUGCUCUCUGAAAAAGUGUCGACCAGGAAAGGAGUACACUGUCCGACUUUUGGCCUUGACCUGUACAGACGAAGGCAAGAAAGAGAGAAAGAAAAAGUAUAAGGGAUUCUAUGCCCAGCAAAACAAGGAGGAGCUUGAUUACUCAACACUGCUUAACGAUGAGGAUAAUCUUGACCCUUCACCUUCUGAUGAUGUGGAAAUGAUACUUCCAAGGAUACAACCAGGUUACAUAGCUUCUGUCAAGGCAACAUUCAGGCAUGUGGAAGACACAGAAAUAAACAUGUUUGGGGAGAUCCGUGUUGAGUGGACUAUCCAAGGGGAGGCUACUUUGAUCAAAGACUUUAACAUUCAUUAUAUGAUUGAGGAUGAGGAUACUGUGCGACAGGUGCGAGGUGCCAGUGCCAGCGCCCGUCUGCUGUCAAUACCUGUGGAAAGGCUCAAGUCUGUGUACCAGAUCACUGUUGAGCCAAACUACUACACAGAGACACUCCCCCACAAAGCCCAGAGUGUACAGAUAGUGAUUCCAGGUCCACCAGAUGCCCCAGAGAUCUUCCUCAAAUCUGUCACCCCUGAGGAGUUUGUCAUUGAAUGGGGUGAACCCAAGCUUUGGGGUGGAGUCAAAGUCCGUGGAUACCAGGUGUACAUGAAUGAUAAGCGAGCUGGCAAUGAGUUGAGUCCAUCUCACAGGAAAGCAGUUAUACCAUGUAGACCCAACAAGACCUACAAAAUCAACCUGGUGGCGCUGAGUUCCAAACCGGAGUACGAGGAUUCACUCAAGUCCAAUGUCCUCCUGGUCAAUACCUCACUUCACUCGCCCCGCCAAGCCCGUGCCCUGGAGGAGUGGCAGACUGAUGAUACAGAUGUACCGGUAAAGGUGGCCCAGAUCACAGAUACAAGCAUACACCUAGACUGGAGUCGUUACCUAGAGGUGGAGGAGGUCGCUGGAUACAGGAUAGAAUGGAGCAGUGUUGCCCAGCCCACAAAGAAAUCCAAGAGAGGAAAACAAAGGUCACUGAACUUGGAGAGAGACAAUAACAGUUGUAUAAUCAACAACUGCCUUCCUGGUACCACUCACUUUGUCCGCCUUAUUGUCCUGGAUGAACAGGGUAAAGAGCUUGAACGGUCGAGACAGCUGACUAUACAGACAUCUGCUCCUCCAGAGGCUCCCAUUAUGACAGUCAGGGCAUGUAACUUCCGUUACAUUUCCGUCCAAUGGGAGAAGCCUACAACAUAUGGUGAUGCUUUAGUAACAGGCUACAAGGUGUUUGUCAAUGGCAUCAUUGUACAUACACUCAACGCAGACCAAACUAGCUAUACCUACACCGAGGGCAAGUGGUGUCACGAGUAUACAUUCCAGGUCCAGGCUCUGACAGCGAUAGAACGCCUAAAUAGUAAGGUGUCUGAACCAUUGACGAUCGUCUGGCCAGGCGCCAUGAGUCCACAUCUCCACCGACUGCCCACACACAGCAGUUCUGUCAUACGUAUUGGCUGGGACGACCUCAACAUGUCCGACGGGGCCAAAGUCAAACAUUUCAGGGGUAUAUGUACUGAGGAGGCUACAAAUAAAGUGGUGUAUGACUUCCCAAUCCAUCCAGAAAGUCGUGAAGUUGAGUUCAACAACCUCAAGAACAGAGUAUACACUAUUCUCUUGGAAGUACAUUUGUAUGGAACCAAUGAUGUGAUCCGGUCUGAUAUACUUAGGGUUCAGCCCGCUCCAGCCCCUGAUCCACCCCGGGUCACAGUGACAGUGGUGGGACUGGAUGAGAGGAGACAACUGGAGAAAGUCACCUGUGAUCUUGUCAACAAGAGAGACAGGCUGAUAAGGAAGGUUGGUCACAAGCUGAAGGAGAUUGGUGCUCUCUCCCACCCCUUGAGGGCAGAAAAGAACCGUGAAGUGAUAGAGGGUGCCCACACUUUGACAAGGGUAGAGGAAUAUCUCGAGCAGUGUUUCCAAGCCAUGGAACACUUCACAGGUCAGCUCACAGCUCACAUCAGCUGGCAGUGUCCUCAGUCCAGACCGGACUUCCAAAUUGCUGGAUACAAGGUCCUUAUCGAUGGUAAACAAUAUGGCAGUCCAAUGCAUGAUGGUGUCCGCUCCAUCAGGAUUAGUUUGCCAGUAGACCAGCCCAAGUACAGACUGAGCAUGGUAUCGAUGACAGAAAAGCCACACGCAACUAGUGAAGAAUCCAACUCUAUAGAACUGCUGUCAGAAAACUUCCGUCCUUUUGCCUUCUACUGCUACCACAGUAUCCAUCAGAAAAACAUCAGAUGGCCCAGCACUGGAUGCUGUAAAUAUCUAGAUUCUAUCAAUUAUGAAAGACAACUUGCCAAGAAAUUAGCCAACCAGGGACUCCUGAAGAAGAAGGUUCCCCCACCAUCCUGUAGUCUGCUCGACGUGUUUGAUGGAGAAUACAAACCCUUCAUGGGGACACACAACAAACAAUUCCCCACUGUUGUUCUGUUCUGGACACCUUGGUGUUUGUCUUCUCAAAGGAUGAUGGCCAAUUUUGUCAGGUUUGCUCGGGAAUUCUCCACGGAGUACAACUACAUAGCUGUGACCUGUGGUGUGGACGCUAUGGGUGCCACUGAGAGGAAGGCUCUAAUCCACCAGAUCACCACCAAUGGUUACCGUGCCGACAAUGUCCUGUGGCAUUGUACCAGUCAAUGUGCCUCCUCCAUUCAUGAGGCCACUAGUAACUCCAUUGCUGGUCACUCCAGGAAAUAUGACGAGGGGAACCAUAAGUUGGUGGACCUGACAGAGAUACUUGGCAUUGCUGGUGUGCCAACUCUUCUUUUUGUUCAUCCUGAAGGUUACAUUGCAUGGCAUGGACGCUACAGUGCGUUUGACUAUGCUGCUUACUCCGCCUUCAUGCGACACACUUUCUGUGAAGUGACAGGAACUGCUUGUUCUGUGUUCAAAUGUGACAGCUGUCAAAAUGACCUUAACAUUGAUGAUCAGACUAUAGAACAAGUGUUACUGCUGGUACAUGAUAUACCUGUCAAGAAUGUCCCCAUUCAGCGUAUGCCUGAGGAGUUCUUCAGAACAGAAGAUUCUUCUAAUAUCAUGGAGAACAGUCCAGAACAGAUAUUUUUCAAACGCAAGCCGAGUCCAAAGGGCCGCAGCAAGAAGAAACGUUCCUCUCAGAUAACAGUCAACAGCCGACCUUACUCAGCCUCCACAUACGUGCAGCUUCUUAAAAGUCCUUACAUGCAGCAGGUUGUGCCUUCUCCCAAGGUCCUCAAUAGAAUGCUGAGGCCCAACAGUGCUAGUGGAGCCCGCCAGUAGUUCUCAAAUCAAAAACUCUAAAACCUUAUGAGAUAUGAUAAAUAUAGGCAACCUCUCUGUAAGAAAAUGUCUCUGUUUUCUUUCAAAAGGAAAUUUUGUUUCCGUAAGGAGUCAACUGUACCGAAGAUUUUUUAUGGACAAAUUGUCUCUUAACAGAUGGAUUCAUCCCUGUCAUCGCAUUUCAUCAAUGCUUACUCGACAGAAUGUUGUAAUACACAGUGCCAAGUAUACAAAAACCUGUUUUCUUUUACUAGCUGAUGUUUAUGUUAGGAACACGAGACUACCUACCAGGUACCUGGUACUAAUUCUUUGAAGAACCGCUUUCCAGUAACCAUAGGAUUUCUUUUUAAAGGUUGGUUUUGACCACCAAGUGUUAUUGUUAAACUUAACCAACAAAUUCCUGAGAGAUAUUAACACAAUCCAACCAUUACAUAUAUAUUUCUUGUUGUAUUUCUGAAAAGAAUAAAUUCAUAUCAUAAAACAUCAUCAUAUUAAUACAGUUAUAUGAAAAAAGGU